UUCACAUUAUUCUCUCCUCUUUUCUGUUGUACAAUCUCCAAACAUUUCUCUCUUCCAAACUACUGAAGCAACUAUGGCUGACCUUAUUCUUGGUCCUCUUGUGGAUGUCACAACAUCCAAGGUGAUUUCAGUUACUACUGAGCAACUCAACUUAGCAGUGGGAUUCAAGCAGGAGCUCAAGAAGUUCCGUGUGGUGCUGAGAAUGCUAAGGGGUGUGCUGCAAGAUGCUGAGCAGAAGGAGGUGACAGGUCACUUUGAUCUGCAGGAUUGGCUUAAGGAGCUUGGAAAUAUAGUUGAUGAAGCUGACAAUGUGGUAGAUGAGAUUGCAUAUGAACAUCUAAGUGGGGAUGGGAGGCAUAGGCAAAACUACCAUGGCAAAGUAGAGAUGUUGAAAACUGUUAUUAAUAAAGAUGAUAACUCGGUGGAUCUUAUGAGUCAAGAUAGAGUAGUUAAAGAACUGCGAAAAAGGCUGGAGGAGGAGGCUGAAAAAGAAACGCUGAAGGAAGAGGCCAGAAAAGAAAAGCUAGAGGGAAAGGCCAAAAAUGAAGGGCGUGAGGGGAAAAACUAUCUCCUCAUAUUAGAUGAUGUAUGGAAUGAAGAUAGCCAAAAAUGGGAAAACUUAAGGACCUGUUUGUUGGCAAUGGGUGAAGAUGUUAAGGGUAGGCUUCUUGUCACAACGCGAAGUCAAAAUGUAGCUACCAUAAUGGGAACACCUCCUGAGCACAUCCAUCAUCUCGAGAAGCUAACAGAUGAGGAUUGUUGGUCCAUAAUCAAGCAAAGAGUAUUAGUUAGCUCAUCAUUCCCUUCAGAAUUGGAGGGGAUUGGACGGGACAUUGCUAGCAAAUGUCGAGGUGUAGCGUUAGUUGCAAAUGUUAUUGGGGGGUUUUUGUGCAAUAACAAGAGCAAGGAUGUUUGGUUAGCAAUUAAAGAUAACAGUGAAGUAUGGGGUUCAAUAGAAGAAGUUAACGGAGUUUUGCAUGUGUUACAGUUGAGUUUCAAUCGCCUGCCAACACCUGCUUUGAAACAAUGUUUUGCCUUUUGCUCUAUUUUCCCUAAAGAUUUUGUCAUGGAAAAGGAGAUGUUAAUCCAGCUUUGGAUGGCUGAGGGAUUUCUUCAGCCAUUCAAUGAAAGUUACUUGGAGAUGGAGGAUAUUGGUGAUAAGUAUUUCAAUGUAUUGUUCUCAUAUUCUUUAUUUCAAAAUGUUGAGAGAGAUUCUUAUGGGAGCAUUAUUGCUUGCAAAAUGCAUGAUUUAGUUCAUGAUCUUGCACAAUUUGUUUCAAAGUCCCAAACUUUGAUUUUGGAAGAUGGCAGCAGAAGGAAUAAUCCUGCAGACGUUCGACAUUUAAAUGUCAUUUCUGAUAAGGGUAUGGCAGCAACAAGAUUUGGGGAUGCCACUAAAAAAUUGCACACUUUGUUUUCACAAGUUGAUGUCUUUCACAGUAUGUCCAUGAACUUGAGAAAGGUGCGGGUUCUUAGUUUUUGCGGUGCUAAUAUUCAUAAGUUGCCAGCUUUUUUGGGGAAAAUGAAGCAUUUAAGGUUUUUGGAUGUUUCAGAAACUAAAAUCAAAGAACUUCCCAAAUUCAUCACUAAGCUCUAUCAUUUGCAGACAUUUAGAUUUAUGAAUUGUGGGGAAAUCAAGAGGCCUUUGAAAGGAAUAUGGGAUUUAGUCAAUUUGAGACACAUUUAUUUCAAUGAUGAAAAGCUUAUGCCAUCUGGGAUUGGUGGAUUAACUUGUUUGAAAACAUUACAAUUAUUUGCUGUAGGCCAACAGAAGGGACAUCAAAUUGAAGAAUUGGGAUGUUUAAGCCAACUCCGGGGAAAAUUAGAGAUUCGUAAUUUGCAUAUGGUUAGAGACAAAGAAGAAGCCAUGGGAGCAAGACUUUCUGAAAAGGGUACAAUGCAGGAGUUGCAGUUGCAGUUUGGUGGGGAGUCUAAUCUUAGUGAAGAUAGAUGCAAACAAGAUAAAGAUAUCUUGAAAGGCCUCCAACCUCACUCAAAUUUGAAAGGCCUAACUAUUGAACGCUACUGUGGGAAAAGCUGUCCUUCAUGGAUAUUAGAAACAAAAAAUUUUCUCAAAAAUCUGAUGUUCAUGACCUUUUUUGCAUGUCCCUGGUUGGAAAGCAUUCCAUCAUUGUCACUCAACAAGGAGGCAAAGGUGGAAAUUAAUUGUUGCAAGAAUUUGAAAAGCAUUGCAGAUUCGUCCCUUCAGAAACUCAUCAUUACGAAAUGUGAAGAACUGGUUGGGGUAGAGGUUGGACAAGCUGCCAUGAAGUCUCUCAAAGAAGUACAUAUAGAGAGUUGUGGUAAAUUGGUAAAUCUUCCGAUGAUUAGUAAAUUACAAUCCCUUGAGGUACUUGAACUUCAGCAAUGCACGGAAUUGACGAUGAUCGGAGAUGAUGCUCGAUUUAACUCCACGUGUCUACAACAGUUAAAUAUUCAGAUUUGUGAUAGCCUGAUGUCCAUGCCCAGUGUAGAUGGGCUGUCCUCUCUUCAAAAAAUUCAAAUAUACGACUGUGGGCAAUUGAAAAGCAUAGGAGAGGAUUUAUCUACUGCCACGUGUCUCAAAGAGUUGACUAUAAUUGCGUGCGAUGGAGAGGAUUUAUCUACUGCCACGUGUCUCAAAGAGUUGACUGUAGAGGGGUGCGAUGGUUUGAUGUCCUUUCCGAACCUCCAUGGGCUGUCCUUUCUUCAAAAAAUUGAAAUACGCUGGUGUGGGCAAUUGAAAAGCAUAGGAAAGGAUUUAUCUACUGCCACGUGUCUCGAAGAGUUGACUAUAACAGGCUGCUAUGGUUUGAUGUCCUUUCCAAACCUCCAUGGGCUGUCCUCUCUUCAAAAAAUUCUAAUAAGUUUCUGUAAGCAAUUGAAAAGCAUAGGAAAGGAUUUAUCUACUGCCACGUGUCUCAAAGAGUUGAUUGUAAACUGCUGCGACGGUUUGAUGUCCUUUCCGAACCUCUAUGGGCUUUCAUAUCUUCAGACUCUACGGAUAACGUGUUGUGGUGGAUUAAGAAGUUUGCCAAGUGGGUUGCCAUCAUGCACUGCUCUUGAGGAAUUGCAUAUCUCCUACUGUGAUAAUCUAAUCUCUAUUCCAGAUGAUUUGAGGAGGAGCUGGAGCACCCCUAGCCUUGCCUGCCUUGCUCGCUUGAAGGGGCUGACUAUUGGUGGUUUCUCAACAGAGCUCAACGAAUUUCCAGAUCUGGGCUUCAUCGGAUCUCAUCUUGAAGGAUUGACUUUGAUUGCAUGGGGAGAACCAAGAGAACGUCUGCUGGAUCAAAUUCAACACCUAACUGCCCUUAAGUCUCUCGAAAUAAGGGAUUUUGAUGGACUGGAAGCUUUGCCAAAUUGGUUUGGAAACUUAUCCUCUCUUAAAACUCUGGAGAUUUCCAACUGCAAAUCUCUGAAACAUAUGAAAGCCAUCCGACGCCUCUCCAAAUUAGAAAGCCUUUAUAUUGAUGGAUGCCCUGAGUUAAAGGAAAGAUGCACCAGAGGAAGUGGUUCCGAGUGGGACUUCAUCUCUCACAUUCCAGAUAUCUGGAUAGACAGGGACAGGAUCCAACACAAAGAAGAUUCCAUUCAGGUAUCUUCAGCCUUUAACUAUAUAUAAUAGUAAAUCUUUUUUCUUUAA